AGAGGGAAAAAAGCGCCUCUACUCAACUCUUCCACAGAUACUUUUGCAGGACAGGAAAGGGGACAUGAUGAUGGAAGUGCUGGCAGUAUCCAUGGUACUUUUGAUUGGGAUAACAAUCAAUGCCGCCCAUGCAGAAGAGCUGGUUGACUAUACCCCUCAUCUCACUUCUGAGGAAAUGGAAGGGAAGAUCACUACUUCCACUUUUGUCCUACAGCAGCCACGUUGUGUUUUCAACAAGGUUGUCGAUCCCGCUGAUGUUAUCUGGCUGGUUGUGGCUCUUAGUGAAGCUGCGAAGAGUUUCAAAAAUCCCAAAACGCCUGAGGAACUGCCUUACCAAUCUUUUGCCAAGAAUUAUUUUUACAUGACUUUGAACACCACGGUGUCAAACUACCCCUGUCCAGAAGAAACCGAUGAUAUUGCCGUCCUGCGUGUGGGGAGUGAAACCGAGUGCGUUGUGGAUGUUUGGCGGCCAGAUUGUAAUGGUCCGCUCCCAGGCCCCGGACCGUACAGGGUCAAGUUCCUGGCAAUGAAUUCAACAGGCGUCGUCGUAAAAGAAUCAAGAUGGUCUGAUCCGAUCACGCUGAUUCGAGGGAAAAAUCCUGACAGAAUUGUUGCCAAGCCCAGACGGCGGAGAACUGAGACAAGCGUCAUUAUCUCCAUCCUCUCCAUCCUCUCUGCCAUUCUCCUGGCUGCUCUCAUUGCCGCCUUCAUCUAUAAAUAUUCCAACAUUUGUGAAAAACCGAUGUCUGCCGAUUUUGCAGGAAUACAGGAUCCAACCAUAGUACGCUACACCACUCAUCAAAUACAUGAUCAGUUGUCCAUCAAGUAAUGAGCUCCUACAUUGCUGAGGAUCAGACAACAAUGGGACAGAAGGAUCACUAACAUAUUCUACAGACACAGCUGAAGAAUCUUUGGAAAGAAAUACCAGUGUGUGCUACGAUCCAUGAAGACAAAAAAAAUAAUAAUGAUGAAACAUGGGUCAUGAUGUCAGAACAUAAAUCCUAGCUAUAAAGCCAAGACAAGAUGGGAACCACCUCUAAUUCCCAUUACAACUUAAUGUUAUAUUUAUUCUGAUGUUAAAAAAACAAACAAACUUGAAGGGGUUUGUCAUAGGAUUUCUCUGUUUUAAAUCAUUUGUUUUUGUAAAGCAAAAUUAUGAAUAUUAUUAAGAGUAAAUUUAUAUUCUUUCACAGCCAAGAUGUG